AUGGAUUCUCAAGGGGGUAAGCGUGAGAUGAAAGCUUCUCCAGGAGGGGAUAAGAAAAGGGAUCUCGCAAGUCGUGUUUCUGUGGGUGGGGACAAGGAUGGUGAAGAUGACAGGAAAACUGACAAGCUAAAGCCAACGAAGGAGUGGAUGAACCGUUUUGAUGAGUUUAUGAUGUACACGCACGCGUUACUUAAUGGCUUACUUGGCGACACUCGGUCAGAUGCGACAUCGGAGUUGAACAGUCGAUCGGGGAAUUCACCGUCAGGUAACGGUGGUAGCUGUUGCAGCUCUCAACAGCACUCCUGUUGCCCUUCUCCGUCAUUAAUACAAAACUCUUCGCAAACUGUCCCCGAAAAAGACCCCAAAUCCACAGGCUCUAAUAAACCGCCUAGAGUGACGGAUCCUAAAAGAAGGGUUUACACUUCGUUGACCGAGGCUCCUCAGAACCUCAAGGAGGCCAUUGACUGGUUGAUAGCCCUGAAGGGAACUGAUCCGGAAAAGAACUUGAAGGCUAUGGGCGCCGCUAUUCACAAAUUUCUCGUAGACAAGCCGGUAGGGUACACUAAGGUGCCAGCUCUCGAGGAAUUAAAGCGUAUUUCUAAACGUUUCCUAGAGCAUCCUAACCUUAAAAAUCUACGGACCGUAAAAGCGAUGCUGAAACGAUACAAGGCGCCCAUGAAUAAGAACCCCGGCUUUUUCUAUAGGCACUCUGGGAUUGUAGCAGAAAGCGAUUAUAAGAACGCAGUACAGGCGCGGGGUUUAACGGCUAUGAUGACCGCACAUAAAUUAGGUACACUCGUGUAUGCUUCUGAGGAGUUCCUUCGAUGUAUAAAAAACCCUGACCAAUAUGUGUCUGCUUACAGUCCCGAAGCGACAUGGGAUGCAUCAUGUGAACAAGACCCGGAAGCCUGCGCACUAAUCUUCGUGGGGAUUGCGCCUAUGUUAUACGCAGGCUUACGUUCUUUGUGGAUUGCGGGAAAUGUUUCAACUUGGAAAUGGCUAAAGACUAUUGCGCCAAAGAAGAUUGGAAAGUUGUUUUUGGCUUUCGGUUACGUACGGCCGGAAUGUCGCCCCCGCAUUGGUACUGCCGAUGUCUACUUGGCGUCGCGCGUUAUGCAUAAAGAUAUAUUGGAAACAAUCUACGACCUCUCGGGCUUCUGGGCAUUCUAUUGA